AUGAUGACUACGUGGAUUUGCAUGAUGGGCGCGAAAGCGCCCUUCUGGCCCUACCGUCAUUUCACCCGAAACGAGCUGCGAGGCUCUCCCUUGGCCAUCCUCCGCGUGAUGGACGAGUUCGCAGCACAGAACGACUUUCUCAUCAACACCGAUAGCAACAAAGCUGACAAAGUCCGCGAGAUAAUGGAAAAGGAGAAACCAAAUGUUCUGGUCGAGCUAGGUGGAUACGUCGGUGAUUCUGCCAUCUCCUUUGGUGAGGCUAUGGCCAUGCUGCUAGAGACAAGCAGCACCAUCUUAGACUCUGGAGCUUGGAAUUCAACCCGCUAA